GGUGGGACCGAAAAGAAACAGCCUUUUGCAUGGUCUCAGCUUGGAGGGUUCGGGUGGGAGGUUUCCGGGGGACGCGGCUGCAUCUGUAGCAGCAGCAGAGCCGCCGAGACAGGCAGGGAAUAAAGGUCAGGGAGCCAAAAUGGAAGAGCUGGGCCCAGCCAAAGAAGAGCUGCAGGCAGGAGGAAGAAGAGAUCCGUGCGUUGUCCAAGUUGGGACCAUCCAGGAGCUUCUGACUGGAGCAGCCCUGCAACGAAUUAAGAAGGAGCCGGAAGAGGGACUGCAAGAGCGUUGGGAAGCUCAGUGGCAGGAGUUCCUGAGGACGAUGCAGGCAGGCAGGGAAAACCUGCCGCUGCUUCGCCCCUGGUCACACGAGGAUGCGAAGGACUUCCAGGCCUCCUUCAAAGCCGCAGUGGAGGCCAACCAGGGGCCUUCAGGAGAGCAUGUGGCUCAAGACCUACAAGGCCUCAGCGGAGAAGCCCAAGAGGCCUACCGAAGGCCGGAGCCUCCUGUCAAAGUGAAGGAGGAGAUCCUGGACGAGGAAGACGGCGUCAGCGUGGAGUUGCGUUGCCAGCGCUUCCGGCAGUUUUGUUACCGGGAGGCCGAAGGCCCCCGAGAGGCCUUCAAACAGCUCUGGGAGCUUUGCCGUCAGUGGCUGGUGCCGGAGAGAAACACCAAAGUGCAGAUGCUGGAGCUGGUGAUCCUGGAGCAGUUCCUGGCUAUCCUGCCCCUGGAAAUGCGGAGCUGGGUCAGGGAACGCAGCCCGGAGACCUGCGCUCAAGCGGUGGCCCAGGCGGAGGAUUUCUUGAUGAGACUGCGAGAGGCGGAGAGCCCGAAACAAAAGGUACUGGGGCCUUUGGAAGAGGUGGCAAUCAAUUCCCCCAAGUUGGAGCAGGACACAUCAGACGCCGUGGAGAUGCCACUCCCCAUGGAGGUCAAACAGGAGGAGGAUGGGGAGUCCAACUUGCUGGAAGCCGACGGGCACAGUUGGAUGCAUGAGGAGAACUUUGGCUUGCAAAGUCCUGAGAGAGGCACCAGCAGUGGGCUAGCAUUGACAAGAGCCGAAGGGAUGUCUUCCCAGGAUCCCAAGACGGACGUGAUGGCCAGAAGUCAGCAGGGAAGAGGCAUUUGCCUCCCAAAACGGGUAGAGGAAACAGAAGAACGAGGCUUCCUCCGUGAGAAAUGCGGCAAAGCUUUGAACAGAAGUGCCUUACAAGAGGGGCUUUUGGAAUCUGCGUUGGGAAAGACAGGCAUUGACUGUGGAAAAAGCUGCUCUCCAAGUGUUGACGUUCCGAAGAAUCAGAAAAUGCAAAAACUGUUUGAGUGCACCUAUUGCGGGAAAAUCUGCAACAAUAGCGCCCACCUGGUUAUCCACGAGAGAAUCCACACGGGCGAGAAACCGCACAAAUGCUCGGAGUGUGGGAAAAGCUUCACUCAGAAAGGAAACCUUACUACUCAUAAGAGAAUCCACAUGGGAGAGAAGCCCCAUCAGUGUAGGGACUGUGGGAAAAGCUUCAGCCGGAGACAACAGCUUGCGAGACAUGAGAGGAUCCACUCGGGAGAAAAGCCCUACAUCUGCCCCGAUUGCGGGAAAAGCUUCUGUCGGAAAGACUCCCUCAUUACACACAAAGGAACCCAUGCCCGGGAAAAACCCUUUGAAUGCUCUCACUAUGGGGAAAGCUUCACUUCCAGCUUUGGUCUUUAAACACCCCCCCCCCCCAUAAUACUCAUACAUCAGAGAAACCACAAAUAUGUUCAGAACAGAAGUCUUCUUUGUACCGAGAUGUGGUGUCGUUUUUGGUUUUUAGAGUUUCAUACUCUGAAUAGGAAGCAUUAAGAUCCCCACUCAGGGCUUCUGUACACCAGGGUUUUAUCCCGCACCUUUACCAUGGGCUUCUGCUGCUGGAUUCUUUGCGGGAUUAAGAACACUCCUUUACACAUGCUUUUUGUGGUGGUGGGUCCUUUCUCUGCAAGAGGCAGCUGGAGAAGCAUCUGUCGGGGAUGCUUUAGGGUGGAUUCCUGCAUUGAGCAGGGGGUUGGACUCGAUGGCCUUGUAGGCC